AUGGUAGGGUACGACUGGGGGGCGACGAACGCGUGGUACUUGUGCCUGCUCAGGCCAGACCGAGUGAAGAGGCUGGUGAACGCGACUAUGACGUGGCUCCUCAGGAAUCUGGAGAGGAAGCCCGAUGAGUCGAUAAGGGCGAUGUUCGGAGAUGAUUACUGCAGCAGGUUUCAGAACCUGGAGUGGCAGAAGAGGACUCUGCAAAAGCUGAUAUCGCCAAACUCAUUCAGCUACUCCUCACAGGCCGUGACUGUCGCGCCCAGAGAUGUAGGGAUCUCAGGAUUGACCAAACCACUCGAGCAACGCCAGGUUGAGUUGCCCUCUUGGCUGACCGAAGAUGACAUCAAUUACAACGCCAUCCAAUUCAGCCGGACGGGCUUCACCGGAGGAUUAAACUAUACCCUUGUUUGGACUUGA